CGGCUGUAGCCGGGGGGCGGGGCCUUGCGCGCGCUGUGGCGGCGGCUGCUGGAGCGGGGCCGCGGUGGCAGGACCGGGGGCGGCAGCUGCAGCUCGGAGCCCCAUGGUGCGAGGCGGCGGCCAGGCCGCAGGAGGAACCCGAGGCCCCGGUCGCCCCGGCUGACCGCACGGACCCGAGCGGCCCGGAGCCGUCGCCGCCCGUCGGGCCCCGCCGGGGCGCGGGCUGGCCAGCCAUGGGGUCCCUGUUCCGGAGCGAGACCAUGUGCCUGGCGCAGCUCUUCCUGCAGUCCGGCACGGCCUACGAGUGCCUCAGCGCCCUGGGCGAGAAGGGCCUGGUCCAGUUCCGAGACCUCAACCAGAAUGUAAGUUCCUUCCAAAGAAAAUUUGUUGGUGAGGUGAAGAGGUGUGAAGAACUAGAACGAAUAUUAGCAUAUUUGGUACAGGAAAUUAAUAGAGCUGAUAUUCCCCUGCCUGAGGGAGAGACCAGUCCUCCAGCACCCCCUCUGAAACAAGUCCUAGAAAUGCAGGAGCAGCUGCAGAAGCUCGAGGUUGAGCUGAGAGAAGUCACCAAGAACAAGGAGAAACUGAGGAAGAACCUGCUUGAACUGAUUGAGUACACUCACAUGCUCAGAGUGACAAAAACCUUCGUUAAACGAAACGUGGAGUUUGAACCUACUUAUGAAGAAUUCCCUCCCUUAGAGAAUGAUUCCUUGUUGGACUACAGCUGUAUGCAGAGGCUGGGAGCAAAACUGGGGUUUGUAUCUGGCCUAAUUAACCAAGGGAAAGUUGAAGCAUUUGAGAAAAUGCUGUGGAGGGUCUGCAAAGGGUAUACCAUCGUGACCUAUGCAGAACUGGAUGAGCCCCUCGAGGACCCUGAAACUGGAGAAGUCAUAAAGUGGUAUGUGUUUUUAAUAUCCUUUUGGGGAGAGCAGAUUGGCCACAAGGUUAAGAAGAUAUGUGAUUGUUACCACUGCCACGUUUACCCCUACCCGAAUACAGCUGAGGAGCGGAAGGAGAUUCAGGAGGGGCUCAAUACCCGGAUUCAGGAUCUCUACACUGUGCUCCACAAAACCGAGGAUUAUUUAAGGCAAGUGCUGUGUAAAGCCGCCGAAUCCGUCUACAGCCACGUCAUCCAGGUGAAGAAGAUGAAAGCCAUUUACCACAUGCUGAACAUGUGCAGCUUCGACGUGACCAACAAGUGCCUCAUCGCCGAAGUCUGGUGUCCUGAGGCUGAUCUGCACGAGCUGCGCCGGGCGCUUGAGGAGGGGUCGAGAGAGAGUGGUGCUACAAUCCCCUCAUUUAUGAACACCAUCCCAACAAAAGAAACCCCCCCGACUCUAAUCCGCACCAACAAAUUCACCGAGGGCUUUCAGAACAUUGUGGACGCCUAUGGAGUCGGGAGCUACAGAGAAGUGAACCCAGCUCUCUUCACCAUCAUCACUUUCCCCUUUCUGUUCGCCGUGAUGUUCGGAGACUUCGGACAUGGCUUCGUGAUGUUCUUGUUUGCCCUCCUGCUGGUGUUAAAUGAAAACCACCCCAGACUAAAUCAGUCACAAGAGAUCAUGCGCAUGUUUUUCAAUGGCCGAUACAUCCUCCUGCUGAUGGGGCUGUUCUCCGUGUACACGGGCCUCAUCUACAACGACUGCUUUUCAAAGUCGGUCAACCUGUUCGGCUCUGGGUGGAGCGUGUCAGCCAUGUACAGUUCCAGCCACACCCCUGCGGAGCAGAAGAAGAUGGGGCUCUGGAAUGACAGCAUCGUCAGGCACAACAGGGUUUUGCAGUUGGACCCGAGCAUUCCUGGAGUGUUCCAAGGCCCUUACCCUCUUGGUAUUGAUCCCAUUUGGAACUUGGCCACAAAUCGCCUCACUUUCCUAAACUCUUUCAAAAUGAAAAUGUCUGUGAUCUUAGGAAUUAUUCACAUGACUUUUGGAGUCAUUCUGGGAAUAUUUAACCACUUGCAUUUCCGGAAGAAGUUCAAUAUUUAUUUGGUUUCUGUCCCGGAACUUCUCUUUAUGCUGUGCAUCUUUGGAUACCUUAUAUUUAUGAUCGUCUAUAAGUGGCUGGUUUAUUCGGCAGAAACCUCCAGAGUCGCUCCCAGCAUUCUGAUUGAAUUUAUUAACAUGUUUUUAUUCCCGGCUAGUGAAACGAAUGGUCUUUACUCAGGGCAGGAGCACGUCCAGAGACUGCUGCUGGCCGUCACGGCGCUGUCCGUUCCCGUUCUCUUCUUGGGAAAACCACUCUUCUUGUUGUGGCUCCACAACGGGCGCAGCUGCUUUGGCGUGAGCCGGAGUGGUUACACACUCGUAAGGAAAGACAGCGAGGAAGAAGUUUCUCUACUGGGAAGCCAAGACAUAGAAGAGGGAAAUAACCAAAUAGAAGAUGGAUAUAGAGAAAUGAUGUGUGAAGAGUUUAAUUUUGGAGAGAUACUGAUGACCCAGGUGAUUCAUUCCAUCGAGUACUGUCUGGGGUGCAUCUCCAACACCGCUUCAUACCUGAGGCUCUGGGCUCUCAGCCUGGCCCACGCACAGCUGUCUGACGUCCUGUGGACCAUGCUGGUGCGCGUGGGCCUCCGGGUAGACACCACUUACGGAGUCUUGCUGCUGCUACCAGUAAUCGCUCUCUUUGCAGUGUUGACAAUUUUCAUCCUUUUGAUCAUGGAAGGCCUUUCUGCAUUUCUCCACGCCAUACGCCUCCACUGGGUAGAAUUUCAGAACAAGUUCUACGUUGGUGCAGGCACCAAGUUUGUUCCUUUCUCAUUCAGACUACUUUCGUCGAAGUUCAGUGACGACGUGGCAUGAUCAUAUUGCCAUAUCCAAACAAGCUUUCGGAUUUAUGGAGAAUUAUCAUGUUACAGAAUUUCACUUCCGUCAAACUUACGAUAGGAAAAAUUCCGUCUUCAUUGAUUGCCUUAUGAUAUAGCCAAAUAAUUCUGUAAGAUAUACCUCUUCCUCAUGUUAAAUAUUUUGUAACGUUUAUCAGUUUCAGAUAUGUAAAUUUCUUUCAGUUUUUAUGGUGAGCAAACUUAAGUUAAUGCCAAAAGUUAUGUUAAAGUUAUUUUUAAAAAUAGAGGCUUGGGGGGGAGAAGUGGUUUUGAAUGGCUAGUUGAAAAUGGUCUUAGCUACUCGAGUCCUUUUCACCUCAUUAAAAAAAAAAUUACAGCGUUAUUCUGUCACUUGAAGUUGUCAGAUAAUAUUUUCCAACAGCUGAAGUUAAGUAUAGUUUUUUAAAAAAUUUAAUGACGGAUAAUCAAAAGAUUCGCAUUUAUUCUGCUUGAUUAAAAGUAUGUAAACAUUUUGUAUCGUAUGCUGUCUAGAACUGCAAGUAGGGGAUUGUUUCUACAAUUUUGUCUUGUUUUAAUGAUUGGAGAAAACGGGAUAAAAUAACAUACGACAGAUGGUUAUCCCACUUGUAUAUUUUUAAAGAUAUUCUUACCCUCUUAUCCUUAUAUAAAACCAAUUAUGAUAAUUGUACGUUGGAAAGAUAAACUGUAUACUGAGCCUUAAAACCCAGUGUGACCGUAAAAGAUAAAAUAUGGAUGUGAUUUGAACUUAGGGACCAACUUGUAUGAUGUUACUGAUGUUACCGAACCUUUUAGGGGUUUAUACUGAGUGAAGUGAAGGUGAAAAGUAGUAUUUUGUAUAUUUUUAUAACAAAAUAUAAAUUAAGAUAUUUUUACCAUGAAGAGAUUGCACCUGUCCUUGAGAACAGUAUAAUUAUAAUUUUUUUUUUUUUUUACUUUCAGACUGAUUGUAAAUAAAGGUCUGGUAAAGGUAUUUAGAGUUAAUUUAAGCUUUCAAACACCAUUUGGAUCAGUUGAAAAUUCUCUUUAAUUUAAAUUCAUCUAUUCACUUGACAUUUAGCUUUGAAGGAUUUUGAGUCCUGUUGAAUGCUUUAAUCUACGGAGACAGUCCCCACCUUACCAGUGGUUCCACUUAAUGAAUUUUGAAUUAAUGAUGUUGUGAAAGCAAUACACAUUCCGUAGAAACCAUACUUGCAGGGUUGAAUCUGGAUCCUGUCCGGGCCAGCGAUCUGCGGCCCCAUCCUCUCCCGCCAUGCUGGGCAGAGGCCGCAGCUCCCAGACAGCCACGCGGUCGGGAGAGUCAACAGGUGGUACAUGGACAGCCACCUGCGCCCACACGGCCGUUCAGUUUGGCACUUUCAGUACAGGAUUCAGCCCAUUACAGGAGAUAGUCAAUACUCCCUUAUAAAAUAGGCUUUGUGGUGGAUGAUUGUGCCCAACCGGAGGCUCCUGUCUGUGUUUGGAGCACGUCUAAGGCGGGCCAGGCUAGGCUGCGGUGUUCCCUAGGGUAGGUGUGUUAAAUGCACGUUCAACUUGGGAUGAGACCCCAUCGUAAGUUGAGGACGAUCUGUAGUUUUGUAAAUUAUGUUCAUUUUUCGUAUUUUACUGUAAUUGAUGUUAGGUAAUUAUUUUCAAAAAGAAAUCGGCAGUGUUUCACUUAACGUUUUGAGGCAGGUGCAUGAAAAGGCCUGUUUGUCACCAUACACCUUCACCCUGCCUAGUGGGGGAGUUUGGAAUUUUCAUUUCAAGCUUGGAUUCUGGUAGCCCUGGAUCUAAGCGUGUCUUUUCAGGUCAAGUUGAGACCUGUUUGCCGAGAGGCAUGAACUGAACACGCUGACGUAAUCGUGACGCUAACGUUAGACCUUAAUUGUGUGGUAAGCCUUCCAUGCUGCUCUUUCACGAAUUGGGAGUUACUGGCCUUUGUCCCUCGUAUUACAA